AUGAUGUAUUUGAAUAAAAUCUACUCAAGUCCAACUGAUACUAUAAGUGGAAAACCAUCAUCCACAAAUACAUGUGAUAUCGAACUUCAACAUUUUCAACCAAGACGAAGACAAACAAUAAAUCAGUAUCAUGACAAUGAUAAUGAUAAGGAUCAACAUUAUCCAUCUUUUAAUCAUUCAAUACCAGAAAAAAAAGAAGAAUUUUAUUCAUCCAAACCUGAUCGAUUAUCAUCGAUAAAUAAUAAUGUCGAAAUUUCAAGAAAUAUUUCGACUAUAUUAUCUCCUGAUCCUAUUCUAAUAACUUCAUUACCUGUAGUAGUCGAGGAGAAGUAA